AUGGACCCCUUUGAGUACGAUCUUUCUCGAGGACGACGGGCCCUGUCUGGGGAGUGUGAGGGAGGGUUUGAGAGUGAGAGCGAGAGUGAAGAAGAGAGUGAGGAAGAGAUUAAGGAAGAAAGUGAGAAUGACAACGAGGACGAGAGUGAGGACGAGAGCGUGGACGAGAGUGAGGACGAGAGCGUGGACGAGAGUGAGGACGAAAGUGACGAAGAGAGUGACGAAGGGAGUGAGGAAGGUGAGGACGAAAGUGAAGAAGAGAGCGAGGCAGAGGACGAAGAGAGUGAGGAGAGCGAGGAAGAAACCACCGCUACUCGAUUCGACCCCAGAAGGCCUUUGUAUAACUGUGGCAUUUUCAUAGCCGACAAGUCCCCCUAUCUGACCCAGGCGCAGCUCGUGGAAGAAGUUGCGAUUUACAACAAGCUCCCACAAGCUGUCUUCUCGCGGUUCCCCAACGUCUCCUUUGUCAACCAUGAUUGGCUAGACGCCUGCUCGCAACAGGGGUCUCUAGUAGACGUUGGUCCGUACAUACACGACAGACUGAAUGAAGACGAGAGCGAAGAGGAGGACGAAGACGAGAGCGAAGACGAGAGCGAAGACGAGGAUGAAGACGAGAAAAAGGACGAGGAUGAAGACGAGGGCGAAGACACAGACAACCCGAGUUGUGAUUCUAGAGAAAAGACUAGCUGA